UGCCUUCUGAAGGCCUCAAACAGCAUCUUCUCUGAUCCGUGUUUUGGCACCUACAAGUACCUCGACAUCUCCUACAGCUGUGUUCCUCCAAAGUCCGGCCAGACAUGUGAAGGGCAACAAAGAAAACUGGAAUGUGGUUCCAAUGUAAUCCAUAUCCACGCUGCCAGUUACGGGCGAACAGAUAAAACCACCUGCUCUGCUGGACGCCCUGCGAAUCAACUCAGCAGGACCGACUGCUCUGCAUCUACAACGCUCCCUAUAGUAAGGGAGAGAUGUGAAGGAAGGACGACAUGCCUUCUGAAGGCCUUAAACAGCAUCUUCUCUGAUCCGUGUGGUGGCAUCUACAAGUACCUCAACAUCUCCUACAGCUGUGUUCCUCCAAACAGUUCCAAUGUAAUCCGUAUCCACACUGCCAGUUACGGGCGGAGAGAUAAAACCAACCUGCUCUUCUGGACGCCCUGCGAAUCAACUCAGCAAGACGACUGCUCUGCAUCUACAACGCUCCCUAUAGUAAGGGAGAGCAUCUUCUCUAAUCCGUGUGCUGGCGUCUACAAGUACCUCAACAUCUCCUACAGCUGUGUUCCUCCAAGCUGA